AUGGCGCUCUACAGAACUGAAGGGCCAUUUUUGCACAACAUUAGUGUAUUUACUUCUCCAGCAAGACUGGAGGCUGGGAAGACUUUUGUCAUUGAAGUGAAAGGAAACCUCGCUGGACGUUCCAAUCAGCCACCAGGCAUCCUGGGUCUUAGCAGCCAGGCCCUGACCUAUGUCACUGUGGAGUCUCUGGGGAUGACCCUAAAGGUCAACGUGAUGGAUGAUGGCUCCUUUACUGUGUCAUCCGAUUGGAUUUUGAAUGUUGCAGGCAAAUACGAAAUAAACAUCACCGUUUCCAACCCUCUCUCCACACUCUCCUCCACCCUCCACUUGUACAUUUUGCCACCCUUUCCAGGGAACCUAACGGUGUCUUUGCUCCACGGCCCCCUGAAUGUUCCCUCCUGCAUCCCCACGGUUCACUUGGACUCUGACGGUGUGACUGAGGGUGUGGCUGCAUAUUGGGCCGAUCCCGUCACUCUGCAGGAGUUUGUGGUCUUAUCUCCCGGCUGCUCUCACCUUAAAGGGAUCUUGUGUGGGAAUCAUUUAACUUCAGCUGUGAGGAUUUUUGCAGCAAGGCAAGCAUAUCCAACAAAUACAGAUAUAAUCUUCCAAGCUGUGACUGACGUACCAGAUCCAGUGUUCGUCUGGCACUUUGGAGACUACACAUCAGCCACAACUACCUCUAGGAUCAUCACUAGAAAAUACCUAAAGCCUGGCAGGUAUAAUGUGUCUGUAAUCAUGUCACAUGGUAAGAUGGCCGUUACCUCUGACAUGUUCCCGGUGGUAAUCCAGAGAACAGUGAAGCUCAACAGGCUGGUCCACCGGGCCUCGGUUUUGCAGAAUCAUACAGUGGUGUUCAGUUGCCGGGUAAAUAUGGGGACCGACAUCAACUUCCUGUGGAGCUUUGGGGAUGGAACAAGCCGGUCUGGACAGAGCACAGAACGGCACAUCUUCCACAGAACGGGAGAGUUCAGAGUGGAAGUGACGGCGUCUAACCUGGUCAGCUCUGCUUCCCUGAGCAGCCACAUCUUUGUUGUGGACCAGCCUUGUCAGCCUCCACCUGUCAAAAACAUGGGGCCUCUUAAACUACAGGUACGAAGAUAUGAGGUUGUCCAUCUGGGUGUGACGUACGAAACGGAAGUGGAUUGUGAUGUAUCAAGAGGCCUGCGCUACUCCUGGACUUUAUUCGACUCUGCAGGCCAGGCAGUGCCGCUGCCUCUCACAGACACACACAGGCAGAUCCUCAUAGUGCAAAGCCAUCUCCUGGAGUAUGACACUUAUACGGCUACAGCCAGGGUUCAGGUCGUCGGCAGUGUGGUGUACAGUAACUACAGCGUAAAGGUUCAGGUGAUGCCGAGCCCUCCUGUGGCUUUCAUCCAGGGUGGCACCAACAUCUUCCUUAACAACAGGAACACCAUAGUAACCCUGGAUGGGCAGGCAUCUUACGACCCUGACUUCCCCACGAAUCCACUCAGCUACAGUUGGGCAUGUAAACCAGUGAGCACCAUCACCAGCUCCUGCUUCAACCAGCACAUUCCCACUUCGUCGCUGGUGCUCAAAUUUCCCGCCAGCUUCUUAAAAACCAACUUUGACCAGUUCCAGUUCACGCUCACUGUCCAAAGCGGAGAGCGUUCAGCUUCAUCAGAGACCUUCCUCACUGUAACAUCAAACCUCAUCGGGAAGCUGUCCAUUUACUGCCCUGAGUGUCGGGGAGACCGUGUGAACUGGGAUCAGUCGUUCUCUGUCGGCACCGUGUGUGAAGCCUGCCACAUUCCUGCACGGCACAUCCAGUACACCUGGAGUCUGUACCUGGUCAAUGCUUCAUCCAAGCCUUUCACAGAAGUCCCGUUUUGCCACACAGUAGAUCUCAGCACCAUGUCUGCCAUCAUGGAAAGUCCUGCCACCUCUACUCUACACCCUCCUGUUACAAAUGUGUCACAGAACACCCAGACGACCCCUUAUUCAUCUUCUUCAGCCGUUACCGUGGCUACCUUUGAAACCAGAAACGGUGAUGUGGACCUGGCUGAUAGUGGGGCAUCAACAACCAGGAGUGGAGACACAUCAGACAAAGCUGCUUUGCCAGAGUCUAGUCCACGUGUUCUCAACAAUGAUGGUGUCCUAUAUUCCGACUACUUGAUCCAAGGGGACAUUAGCAGUGAAACUUCAGUGGAGUCUGACUCCUCUGCCGACUGGGACUUUUCUUUUCGUGUUCUGGAGAGUAGCAAUGCGGGUGGUCGACUAGAUCCAGAUUAUGGUGCUCCCUUUCCAAACGCAGAGGAAGGCGACCCAGGGAUGUCAGCAGGGAGACCCAGAGGUGAAGAUGGUGAGCGCUUCAGUGCAGGAGACGUCUCGAUGUUUGAUAUGGGAUUACACAAAGAUGAAGGGAGUAAUCUAGUGGAUUCUAAGCCUUUUGUGGCAAUUCAGGCACCGACUUUGCUCGACUUACCUCGAAAUCCUCUGAACAGAGGCCUCUUUGAGUCCUUUACUUACACAGGAAUCUCCUGUUCUUUUCUCAAGAUCAAGCCCUUCAGUCUGAGGCCCAGGAGCAGAUACAUGUUGGAGGUCACUGCCAAAUCUCAGAGCAGGCGUCUGGGCCGGACUCAGCUGUUCUUACAGACCAAUCCUGUUCCAGAGGGCUUGGCGUGCCAGGUGCAGCCUGUCAGAGGACUCGAGUUACACACACACUUCAGCAUCUUCUGCACCUCAGGGAAGGAGGACUUAGUGUAUGAGUACAGCUUCAGUGUAGGAGACCGACUCCCCAGGACACUGUACCAGGGGAGAGACUUCCAAUACUACUUCAGCCUUCCUUCAGGUGACCCCAGGGAUGACUAUAAAGUAACUAUUUACACAGAAAUAAGAAGCAGCACAUAUGGGUCAGCCACCAAACCCUGUCCUGUGACAGUACAAGUCCAACCAAGCUUCCUCAGAGACACCUCAUCUUCCUCUUCCCAUCAUGAUCCUGAUCUUGAGCUGUCGGAGUCCGGUCUGAGGAACCUGUCGGCUUUGGUGCAGCUUGGGAACAGUAUGGAGAUUCGUAACUACAUCAGCCUCCUCACCAGCAUCCUGAACAGACUCAGCCUGGAAACAGAGGCCAACACACAUGCACAGAGGCACAUGCGCACUGUGCUCAUUCGCACCUUGUGUGAGCUUGAGAGCAGCGAUCAGGAGUCAAUGACAGACAAUAUUUGCAUUCUGAACGACCUGCUACGAGUUACAAGUCAGGUGACACUAGCAAGUGCCAAACGAGUAACAGCUCACAUUCAGAUGAUGUCCGAGCAGUUUUCUGCAUCUAGUGCUUAUCGCCACUACAUUAUAAACCAGAAGGUGCUCAAUACAGCGCUCACCCUGCUUUCACACAGCCUUCAGGUGGUGACUACUUGCACCUUCACACCUGACAUUACACAAGAAGACUCAACUGCUGAUGGAAACCUAAGAAAUGAUGAAAACACUCCAAACAGCACUGCAGUGAACUCAUCCACCAGUGGCCACAUCAAACAAGGACGUUCACCUCCAGCAAAGCAAGCGGUGAUGCUCGUAGCUGAUAUUCUGCAGGCUGCAUCAGAGCUCAUGCUGAAGUACAUUUUGUUUCAUGAGACCAAGGAGCACAGAGUUAGCAGCAGCCUCAUUAAUUUGUAUGCUGCAUCCCAAAACAACACCUCCACAGUCAUAAACAGUGGCUCAGUCAGGGUCUACAUGCCUGCUUCUUUCAUCCAGAUUCUGUUUCUCCAGCAUGGACCGUGUGUCCUCACUGUGCUCACCGAGCUUGCUCACAGUCCUUACACCUGGGCCAAUCCUACACAGGUGAGUGGACCAGUGGUUGACCUAAGUCUUUACAAGUGCAACACGAGGAGAAGGAUCCACGUUUCCUCCCUCAUUCAACCAUUCAACACCGAGCUUCGUCACACACAAAGAAACAAAAGCUCCUCGUGGGAGUUCGCCCUCCUGCGCAGCCGGGUCAACUACCACAGCUUCAACAUUACCCAGGAACACUUGCUGCAGUCCAUCCAGUUCACUCUACUCUUCAGACCCACGACCAAAAAGGCGUUUCCCCUCAUGGUGCUCUUCAGGAUGUUUGAAAAGCCGACUCCUAGAAUGCACCAUCUGCGCAAGAUUUACAGGUGGGAGAGCAACACCUCACGCAUCACUCUGCCCUCAUCCUACCUCAGCGCUGCAGGUGUUGGUCACUUGGCACUGCUUAAUGCUGAUUUUGGUAAAGCACCCAGAGCCAAUCACCUGACUGAAGAGAUAAGCUACAGUCUGACAGUGGACAGCAGUCUGUGUUUGUCCUGGGACGGCCAGCAGGGGGCUUGGACACAUCAGGGCUGCAGAACACAGCUAGCAGACACAGAUUCAGCUGUCAGCUGCAGCUGCCACCGUUUGAGACCGCUGACCGUGAAGCAGCAGCAGAUCCAGAGCAUCCACAGCACAGCAGAUGUGAACCCGUUCCUAAGCGCAUCCACUGAUCUGACAGUGCUGGGCAUGCUGUUGCUGUUCGUGUGCCUGUACGUCGCGGGGUUGGCGGCGUGUAAAAGAGCUGAUGUUGUUGCAACGCAAAGUCAAAGGGUUCACUACCUGUCUGACAACUCUGCAUCUGAUCCGUAUCUCUACGCAGUUACAACCCACACGGGUCUCAGCUCUGCAGCCCGUAUGAGUGCAAAGGUGUACAUAUCACUGUAUGGUGAAGAUGGGUUCUCACAGACAAAAGAACUACAUGUCCCAGGAUGCACUCUGUUCAGGAGGAACUCUAAAGACAUCUUCAUACUUAGUGCAGCAGAAAGCCUGGGCCCAGUGUGGGGGGUUCACAUCUGGCAUGACAACUCUGGACCUUCCCCUGAUUGGUACCUUACACAGGUGGAGGUAUCUGAGGUGCUCAGAGGGCAUGUGGUGGGAUGCUCUUGGCUGUUUGCUGCCCAGUGCUGGCUGGCUGCGAACAAAGGCGAUGGCCGAGUGGAGAGGAUGCUGCGUGUUUGCACUCAGGGGAUAAACUUUGCUCAGAUGCUGCGUCUCAAGCUUAAUGACUACUUGGCUGAUUUCCAUACGUGGGUAUCCGUGUACAGCUGCCCCUCUCCCAGCUCCUUCACACAUACUCAAAGACUAAGUGUGUGUCUGCUGCUGCUGUUGGGGUACGCAUGUGUUGGUGCAGUAAUCGUUGCACAAACGGAUGAUCAGCCGCUGUUUGCGUUGGGAUUUGUCGAUGUGUCCGCUGGUGCUGUAACAAAUGGGCUUGUAAGCGUGGUAGCUGUGCUGCCCGUAGCAACAGCGGUGUCUUUCCUGUUUCGACUGCGUGCGGUACAGCCGACGGGGUCACGAGUCCAUCGUGUAAAAUGCAGAAAGACUGAAAAGGAAUAUUCUGAAGACCCCCUCUCACUAAGCGACAGCACGUUUGACCGCCGUCUCUCCUGGAGCAGCCUCCAGCAGUGGGAUGAAUCCUGGAUGCAGAAAUACCAGGAUGCAGACCUGUCGGUUUCAUACAGUAAUGUGGAUGAAGCACCCCACAAAAACAAGUCUGAAUUCCUUCCUGGCAGCAGCAGGUUUCAUGAAACCCAAAGAGCUUGUUUGUCCAGGGCAAAAGAUGAAGGUCAAAAAGAGAAAGGUCUCCAAGGACGAUGUUCACCAGACUCUUCCUCUGAGAGAGGAAGCUAUUAUGAUGCCACCGACAAACUGAGAGAAAGACCAACAUGUCAGCGGCGUGUCUGUUUGGCCUGGACUCUGUGUCUGCUGUUGUCCCUCUCCUGCCUGGUGCUCUCUGCAGUGCUGGGAAUGAGGUUUAACAGUGGCAAGGUUCUGCUUUGGGUCCAUUCUCUUUUCAUCUCCCUGAUGUCUUGCAUCUUCAUCAUUCAGCCAGCUUUGAUACUUGCAGUGGCCUUGGCUGUUUCCUGUUGGCACAGAAAAACAUCAGACUUUCAUACUUUUUUCAGAUUGAGGGAAUUCAAUAUUGAGGCUAUGAAACUUUGGAGCCAUAGAGGCAUUAAUGGAGCUGAAGAGCAGCUUACUGAGUCUGCUUUUCCCUACAGACGACGCUCACACCUUAAAAAGCUGCUCCGAGCUCGACGGCGAGCUCGGUACCUGGGUCUUGUACGGCCACCGACUCUGGCAGAGCUGAGGAAAACUCAUAGGAGGAAAAGAAGAGAGGCUGUUAUUCAUAAAACCCUGAGGGAUUUGUCUCUCAGUGUCGCCAUGCUUUCCCUGAUGAUGUGUAUAACCUAUGACAGCUCAUUCAGGGAACAUUACCAGCUCAACAGAGCUGUCAGAAGACACUUUGUGAGGAACCGUGAUCAUUCAUUUAUGUUGAUACAAAAGCAUACGGAGUGGUGGAACUGGUCACAGACAGGUCUGAUAGAGUCACUGUACGAGCACACAUCAGCCCAAACAGAGGUAAGCUAUGACUUUAAGCUCCAAAGGGACUUAAAACUCCAGGUUGGUGAAGAAAACUCUGACUACCAGCCACAUAUUGUGAUUGGAGAGCCAAUCCUGCAGAAGAUUGAAAUAUCUGACACCUCUCCAACUGAGGUACCUGUUAUGACUUCAACAACGCUAUGCGGUCGCCUUAGUUGUUACUCAGGACCAAGCGCUACAGUUGGCUUAGGGCACACAAAGUCUGAUUCUGCAUCAAAACUGAAACUUCUGCGUUCAGCUGGCUGGUUGGACGGACGGACGGUGGCCCUGAAGGUUCAAUUCACCUUGUACAGCCCCGCACCGAACUUGUUCACCAGUGUGACGCUGCUUGCUGAGCGCAGCCCCACCGGUGUCCUGCUGCCCUCUGUGGAAGUCCAUUCAGUCAGAGUACAUCACACUCCUACUGCCUGGGACUAUGCUGUUAUGGUCUGCAAGCUUCUCUUCCUCUUCUUGUCUCUCAUACAAAUCUCAUGCCAAGUGUCCAGUAUGGGACAGCAAGGGCUGAUUGGAUACUGGACAACACCUUGCAGCUGGGUGGAAGUCGGUGUGCCCACAGCGACACUUGUGCACUAUGUGUGUCACAUUUAUCACUCCGCUGUUAUCAUGAGCGUUGCAGAGCUGCUGGAGAGAAACAACCACAGAGGCCGUGUGGACGUUCACCUCCUGGCUUCCUGGGAACAAUUUCUCCGUACUCUGCGUGGCAUCAUGCUCUUCCUUCUCACCAUCAAGUGUGUGGCUGUGCUGAGGGUGAACAGGACCUUUGCCACCCCUGCUAAACUCCUUUCCCGCUUAUUCUCAAGUCUUUUAUGGCCAAUGAUUUCAGGUGUGAUCCUGCUGAUGGCAUCGUCCUGCUUGGGUCAUCUGCUGCACAUUCAAAGCUCCUGGGCAGUCAGCCCUAUUCACGUCCUCCUUAGGACCCUGCCCUGCGUCCUCUACCGGGGACUCAGAGCCACCAGCAAUAACAGAGGCCUCCUCCACUCUGACUGCGAUGUAUUCACCUGUGGAGUUCUGUAUCUGUCUGCUGUGGUGUGGACAGCAGUGGUGAUUGGUGUGAUGUCCUCACUGGUUAGAAGUGCCAGAAGAUCUCACAGCAGGAGGAAUUUGAUCACCAUUGCAGAACUGGCAAACUACAUCAGACUCAGGGUCUCUGAGCUGACUACUGGGCAACAUGAAGAAGCACGAAUUGAUAACCAUACAGAGGGGAGGGCCUACUAUCUCGAGGAGUGUGAAAGUUUAGUGGACGAACUGUUGUUCAGACUCAAUGCCCUCUCUGACAGCCUGCACCUCAAAGCCCAUCGCUACAGGAAGGAGAGUCCUGUCAUCUCCCUCACACCAGAGCCCUCCAACAUGGACUCACAGGGCUCAGCAAGGUCACAGAUAAUCAUGAAUGGCACACAUUCAGAUGACCAAUGUUUGUUAAAUCUGGGAGGAACCCCAACUAUGUCUCACCUGUUCAGGUCCCAGGCUAACAAGGACAUCCUGCAGCAGAGGGGUCAGACUGGAUGUAACCCCUCCUCCAACUUUGUUGUGGCAUCUGAUGAUAGUUUAAAGGGCAAAAAAUGCCCAGAGUCAGCCGGCAAAAGUCAGACCGCCUACACAACUUCACCACCAGAGGUUGUGGUGAAAGUUCUGGUCCAUGAAGACCCUGCGAGAGCAGUCCCAGAUAAACACUAGAGUCCUCAUGGAGAUAGCAAAUCAUGAAUUCAUUGUUCACUCUUAUAUUUGUUAAUUGUUGUAAAGGCAUGUGGAAUAGGACAGCACGAUAUAUUAAUAACAAACCUUCUACUUCUUUUCUUCUUGGUAUCGAGGUUGUGGGUAAAAGUCAUGAUUAAAAUG